AUGCCCGUUGACCGUUCUCCACUAACAGAUAUGCGAAAAGAGCAAUCUUCUCUACCGGAACGUACUGGCUUAUCUGCAUCUCACGUAGACGUCGACUAUUUCGACCCCCAAGGAGUCAGAGAACUCCGUCGUGCGUUGAGUCGACCGUACAGUCAACAAAUUAUAUCAGAGGCAUCGCCAUCUUUGGAAUCCACUCACGGUCCAGGAGAUGCAGACAGUUCUGAUACGGUCCUGAAUCAUCCAAAUGAUCUGGAAAGAAACUUACGCUAUACCUUGAAGAAGCGCGAUGAAGCUGAUAUCAAGUCGCGCGAGCUUGGAGUACUUUUUGAGGACCUUCGUGUCGUUGGACUGGGUAAUUCUGCUUCAUUCCAACAGACAUUGGGCUCCUUACUGAACCCCUGGAACAUCAUAAAAUCCAUCAAUGACUCUCGCCAUCCUCGUUUACGCGAUAUACUGAAAGACUUCCGAGGCGUAGUCCGACCAGGCGAAAUGCUUUUGGUCUUAGGUCGACCGGGGUCUGGUUGUAGUACCUUCCUCAAGGUGCUCGCUAAUCAACGAAAGGAAUUCCACGCAGUACAUGGAAACGUCCAUUAUAACUCGUUUUCUCCAGAAGAUAUCUCUCAUCGCUAUCGCGGUGAUGUCCAGUAUUCCCCAGAGGACGAUAUACAUUUUCCUACUCUGACUGUGGAGCAGACAAUCGGCUUUGCAGCUAAGACACGAGCACCGCAUUCUCGUAUCGAUGGUCAAAAUCGACAGGACUACCGCAAUGUCACGACUGAUGUUUUAACGACGGUAUUCGGAUUAAGACAUGUCAAGAAAUCACCAGUUGGUAAUGCUGCAAUAAGAGGCGUUUCGGGUGGAGAGAAGAAACGAGUAUCUAUCAGUGAGGCAUUGGCAACUCGAAGUCUUCUCAAUUCUUGGGACAACUCGACGCGGGGCCUUGAUGCCUCUACGGCUGUUGAAUUUGUACGCGCACUUCGCAUUGCGACGGACGUGGGUCGCCUUUCCACUAUAGUCUCGAUUUAUCAGGCAGGUGAAUCCCUUUACGAGAUGUUCGACAAAGUUUGUGUCAUCUACGAGGGAAGGAUGGCCUACUUCGGGCCCGCAGACCGCGCAAGACAAUACUUCAUUGACAUGGGCUACGAGCCUGCGAAUCGCCAGACUACUUCAGAUUUUCUAGUUUCAGUCACAGAUCCCCAUGGUCGGAUUGUCCGCACUGGAAUGAGUGUCCCUCGAUCAUCAUCUGAAUUUGAAGAAUACUACAGGAGAUCUGACAUAAUGAAUAUCAAUGAAAAAGAUAUGGCCUCCUUCCGCGAUCAAGUUUUUGGGAAAGAUCAUCUGGUAGCUUCAUAUAAGGCGAGUGCCAAAGCAGAUCAAUCCCGGCACACAUUCGACUCUAGCCCAUACACAAUCUCAAUCCCAAUGCAAGUGCGGGCGGUAAUGACAAGGAGAGUACAGAUUCUGAAAGGUUCUUGGACCGCGCAGUUAAUCAAUACUAUGGCAUUCAUCCUUCAAGCUAUCAUUCUGGGUACAACUUUCUUAAAACUUGCUCCGGCUACUUCUGCAUUUUAUUCUCGUGGAGGUAUACUAUUUUUCUCUGUAUUUUUGCCUGCACUCUUUGCAAUGUCCGAAAUUCCUUCCCUCUUCGCCCAGCGCCCAAUCGUCCGACGCCACCAGAAAGCUGCCAUGUAUCAUCCCUUUAUAGAAGGAUUGGCGAUGACUCUAGUCGAUAUCCCGGUCACGUUCUGUACCAUCUCUAUUUACUGCAUUAUUUUGUACUUCCUUGUGGGGUUACAGCGAACAGCUGCACAAUUCUUUACAUUAUUUUUGUUCGUCUUUGUAACCGCAAUCAUUAUGAAGUCUCUCUUUCGCGGAUUAGCUGCGUCGUUCAAGGCAGAGGCCCCGGCACAAGCUAUCGCAGGUAUAAUGGUCCUGGCGCUUUCUCUUUACACUGGCUAUCUCAUUCCUAUGCCGUCCAUGAUCGGUGGGUUAAAGUGGAUUACCUACAUCAACCCUAUCCGGUACUCCUUUGAAGCGAUACUUACAAACGAAUUCCACACUUUAAAUGGCUUAUGUACAUCAAUUGUUCCAAGUGGGCCUGGUUACGAGAAUGUACAGGAAGAUAACAGAGCCUGUACAACAAUAGGAUCAACUCCUGGGAAUCUCUAUGUCGAUGGCAAUAUAUUUGCUGCGUUGUCCUUUGGAUAUUCAUACAACAACGUCUGGCGGAAUCUCGGAAUUCUGAUCGCCUUUUGUAUUUUCUUCACCACUUGGCUCCUUGUUUUUACAGAAUUUAAUACAGCGUCAGCUGGACAAAGCUCAGUUACAGUGUUUAAGCGCGGAUCUUCGUCUUUACCUGUGCAAGAUGCCACCGAUAGCUCAAGCAACGAUGAAGAGAAAGAUCAAGCGACCACAGCCACACCCGUUGAAAGUCACUUGGAGUCUCGUGUCCAAUCAGAGAAAGAUGCCCAGGAAGCACUAGCAGAGCAGCCUCGGAUGACAGAUAUCUUCUCUUGGCAGCAUAUCAAUUACGACGUGUCUGUAUCCGGAGAAUCCAGGAGGCUGCUGAACGAUGUAUCGGGAUAUGUCGCACCAGGAAAGCUUACUGCACUCAUGGGCGAAUCAGGAGCUGGGAAGACAACGCUCCUGAACGCACUAGCAGAACGGAUUGAUACUGGUACUGUGACCGGAGACCGUUUUGUGAAUGGCCAUCCACUUCCGAGGGAUUUCCGAGCGCAGACUGGCUACUGCCAGCAAACAGAUACCCACCUUCCGACAAUGACGGUCAGAGAGUCCCUUCUGUUCUCAGCCAAGAUGCGUCAACCUCUGUCUGUACCAAUGGCAGAGAAGGAGGCUUACGUCAAUAAAUGUUUGGCGAUGUGUGGUUUAGAGGCAUUUGCCGAAGCGACAGUAGGCUCUCUCGGCGUAGAGCAUAAGAAGCGUACUACUAUUGCAGUAGAGCUGGCUGCUAAACCCCAACUUCUUUUGUUUCUGGACGAACCCACUUCUGGACUUGAUUCUCAAAGUGCAUGGGCAAUCCCGUCUGCUGAACUUUUCCAGGUCUUUGAUCGACUUUUGCUACUCCGCAAGGGAGGUGAAACCGUGUACUUUGGUGACCUCGGGAAAAAUGCAACAAGUCUCCUACGCUACUUCGAAAAGAAUGGUUCACGCUCUUGCGAACCACUUGAAAAUCCAGCUGAAUUCAUGCUAGACGUGAUUGGUGCCGGAGCCACUGCUUCUAGUGAAAACGACUGGCACCAAACAUGGACCCAGUCAAGGGAAUCUGAAUUGCUACAAGAGGAUAUUGAAAACAUCCACGCCGAUGGGCAAAAACAUCCACCGAUCAAAGCUACUUUUCGCUCGGAUUUCGCUACCCCUUGGGCAUACCAAACCUGGACAUUGUUGAAGCGGGCGAUGCUGGAUCAUUGGCGAAACCCAACCUAUUUGAUGGCCAAAAUCAUGCUUAACAUUGUAGGCGGGCUACUUAUUGGAUUUACGUUUUUCAAAAGGAAAGACACCAUCGAAGGCACCCAAAAUAAGCUUUUCUCAAUUUAUAUGGGUUUGAUUCUGAGCGUCCCACUUGCAAAUCAACUUCAAGUUGUAUUCUUGAAGAUGCGUAAUAUUUAUGAGAUCCGCGAAAGACCCAGUCGAACGUAUGGAUGGACGGCUUUAGUAACUUCACAAAUCCUGGUCGAAAUUCCUUGGAAUAUCUUGGGAUCUACUCUGUUCUUUUUGUGCUGGUAUUGGACUGUUGGAUUCCCGAGCUCUCGAGGGGGUUUUACCUAUUUGCUCUAUGGCGUGCUCUUUCCUGUCUACUACACCACAAUCGGUCAGGCCGUUGCUGCUAUGAGCCCCACCGCCGAAAUUGCUGGCAUUUUAUUCAGCUUUUUGUUUUCCUUUGUCUUGACGUUCAAUGGCGUUCUCCAGCCUUAUUCCCAACUUGGUUGGUGGCAAUGGAUGUAUAGAAUCUCUCCCUAUAGCUACCUCAUCGAGGCAUUAGUAGGGCAAGUGACCGGCGGACAGCUCAUCAACUGCGCCUCUACGGAACUGACCACCAUUGAACCGCCCUCGGGAUCAUCUUGUGGAUCUUAUCUGGGGCCUUUUGUUUCAAUGCAGGGGGGAUAUCUAGUCAAUCCAAGCGCUACAAGCAGUUGUCAAUAUUGUGCAGAUCGGACGACAGACCAAUGGCUUCUGCAGAUGUUUAAUAUUUCACCCUCCCACCACUGGAGAGACCUUGGUAUAUUUUGCGCAUUUAUAGUCUUCAACACAGCAGCUGUUUUUAUCUUCACAUAUCUCUUCCGUAUCCGUUCGUAUAGUUUCUUUGGCACUUUCUUCCGUUGGCUGGGGCGUCUUUUGCCAUCCAAACACCAAAAAAGUAAAACCAGAGAAGUUGGCACAACAUAG